AAAAAAAAAAAAAGAGAAGAAUUGGAAUUUAUUUACUAAAAAAGAAAAUAAAAAACCCGCACCAUCUUCAGACCGCAAAAACUACAUCAACCGCACUUUAUUCUAUUUAUUAAUUUAUUUGUUUUUUUAUUUAUUUGUUUAUUUAUUUAUUUUAAAUAAUCCUGCGCGGUACAGGACACCAGGAGCGCGUGCGCGCGGACCGUUGCCACCGAUGGCGCGUCUCAAAGCGCGCGCACCGUGCGCGUAAGGAUGCGCCGUUCGGCUCCUCGCGUGCAGACGCUCGCGCCUGGCGGAUUUACCGAGAGCGCCUUUCGCGCAAACUCAGUCUAACGGGACGCUUGGAGCUCGAGAGAACCGCGCGCACGCACAGACACGCACACGCGCACACACGCAAACGGGACUAACGGGAGAGAAGAAGAAACGGGCUGAAUACUGAGGUGCCACGGGAAAAAAAAGAUUUACGGAUAACAGGAUUUUUUUAUUUUAUUUUUUGCAACAUCGGAACAAUUUCCACUGUUUGCGCAUCAUCAUCAUCAUCAGCAUCAUCCUCAUCAUCCUCAUCCUCAUCACCAUGGCUGCGUUUUAUUUGUCUUAACCGGCGCGUGCAUGUUCCUGUUUGGAUUUUGACGCCUCCGGCACGGUUUAUGAAACAACCUCAACAGAUCCUCUGCAUGCACGUGAACAAGAAUCACUGCUGCCCAUAAAUGCGCUGAUUUAUUGCAUUGUUUUUCUUCAGAAUUUCCUUUUUUUCUCACUUUUUUUUUCUCCCUUUGGGGGCGUCAAUUCAACUUCUUGGCCUUUCUGCAAGUUUUUUCUCAUUUCUUUCAAUUUUUUUAAUUGAAAGUGUUUGGAGAGCUGAACUGCACGGACUGAACUGAAACAGAAAAACAAAAACAAAAACAAAAAAACCACCAAGAAGAAAUAAAUAAAAAAUAAAUAAAAAGACGCGCUUGCUUGGAAGUGGCCGUGACCUCCGACCUUAUGGAAAUUCACUGCAAGCACGACCCGUUCGCCGCGAUGCACAGGCACGGAGGGGUGAACCAGCUUGGAGGGGUGUUUGUGAACGGCCGGCCGUUGCCCGACGUGGUGAGGCAGAGGAUCGUAGAGCUGGCACACCAAGGCGUACGGCCAUGCGACAUUUCUCGCCAGCUUCGCGUCAGCCACGGCUGUGUCAGCAAGAUCCUGGGCAGGUACUACGAGACGGGGAGCAUCAGACCAGGCGUGAUCGGAGGAUCCAAACCAAAGGUUGCUACACCCAAAGUCGUCGACAAAAUCGCUGAUUAUAAACGGCAAAACCCCACCAUGUUUGCCUGGGAGAUACGAGACAGGCUACUGGCUGAGAGAGUUUGCGACAACGAUAGCGUGCCCAGCGUCAGCUCAAUCAACAGGAUCAUUCGCACUAAAGUCCAGCAGCAGCCUGGCCAAUCAGGAAGCGUCUCAGCGCAUAAUUUAGUGUCCACCGUUGCCGUGACCCAGGUCUCUGCGGUGACCAGCGACGCCGCAGGCUCCUCCUACUCCAUCAGUGGAAUUCUGGGAAUUAGCUCGCCGGCUGACGCUAGCAAGAGAAAGAGGGAUGAAAAUCUUCAGGAUUCUUCGCUGGCAAACGGCCACGCCCACUCAGGGCGGGACUUCCUGCGCAAGCAGAUGCGGGGGGAGCUCUUCACGCCGCAGCAGCUCGAGGUACUGGACUACGUGUUCGAUCCUGACAUUUAUCCUACCCCUGACACCAACAAGCCCGGCCAGACAGCUGAUUACUCUGCGAUGGCAUCUCUGGCCGGUGGACUAGAAGAGAUGAAGAGCAGUCUGGCUAAUCAGACAGCAGUGGAUUUGGGCCAGAGCGUAGCAGGACCUCAGAGUUACCCUCUGGUGUCAGGUCGUGAUCUAGGCAGCACCACACUUCCAGGUUACCCUCCUCAUGUACCCCCGGCCGGCCAGGGCAGCUACUCGGCCCCGUCGCUCACAGGAAUGGUGCCUGGGGGCGAGUUUUCGGGCAGUCCAUACUCCCAUCCGCAGUAUUCUACGUACAACGAGUCGUGGAGGUUCGCCAACCCGAGCUUGCUGGUGUUUCAGCAGGAGUACGGUUCUCUUCUAGGCUCAGAAAGAGCAGCUUCUUCAGGCCUUUUCCCUAGCCAGACCACACAACCUGCAGAUACAGUUUCUUCAUUUCUGAGGUUGUUGGCUGAAUAACCUGACCGGUGGACGCUGUCAUUGUUCUGCAGGAUCUCCAGACACACGGCGCAGCCACACGGGGUUCAGGACCUGCAGCCACGGCCACAGCCAGCGCUUACGACCGCCACUGAGAGGAGGGGAGGAGAGACGGAGAGAGGAAGGAGAGCUACAGAAAAGAAAGAUGGAGAAACAAAUAGAGAGAGAAAGAGAGAGACUACAUCCUUUUUCCACAUCUGUCCCACUGCAUCCUUUCAUUCGAAACUUUUGCUUGGGCCAAACAUAUCUACACACACACACACACACACACACACACACACACACACACACACACACUAAUACCAGAUUUAAACCCCUCACACUAACUAGCACCCAUUUCUUUGGUACCACAGCAAUGAAACGAUGACGUCCCCAAUGUUACAUUGCUAUAAAAAACGAUUCUUUUUUCCGCUUUUAUUGCGUGAGUCAAAACGUCACGUUACGCCGCGAAUCCUCGUGCGAUUUUAUACAAAGGCGGGAGGCCUCCUCUCUUUCUCCGUGUAGAUAACCGCUUUAGAACUCGUGUACCAUAUGUACGUUUGUCAGAUUUAAAGCUAUUUAUGAUGGAGACAUAUAUAUUAAAGAAACAAUUUGUAUGUGUAAAGGUUUACCGCAGACACGAGUUCCAUUUCUGGCAGGAGACGUUUUUUUUUUUUUGUUUGUUUGUUUUUUAAUAAAUGAAAAAUGUAUACGUACAGAGUUUUUAUUUCACAGUUUUUUUUUUUUCGCUCCUAUAAAAUCGUUUUUUUAGACAUUUAGGGACAAAUGAUUUUUCUAACGCACCAUGAACGUUUAUUUAUUAAUUCUUUCGCCAACGCCCAUUUUGGAACUGUGAAAAUCUUACAGCUAAUUUCAGAGCGAAACGUACAAAUAUUUGAAAGCUGGUCCGUGAGGGAGAAACGUUCCUUUUUUUAUCUUCCAAAAACAGGAAGUUAUGCUAUUUACCUUAAAAAAAUAAAAACGUAUGCUGGUUACGUUUACAGAAUGAAAGGAUUUUUCCCUGGUGAGGAAACGUAACGACAAAACGCUCGUACCUUGAAAUUUAUUAGGGGUUUUUUUCUAACCUCUAAUGGAGAAAGUGAUGUUAGUCUCCAGAACUUCCUCUAAAAUCCAGUCUGGAACAGAAAGCAUGUAGACAUUCAAUGAUACAUUAUUGCCUCUCUCUCUCUCUCUCUCUCUCUCUCUCUCCUUCUCUCUCUGUCUCUUUUUUAUUUGCUUGUUCUUUCGUUCCGCGCCAAGACAAUGCAUGAAAACCGUGGUGAAGGCCUUAGCGAACUCAAACGCAACCUGUACAUAGCAGCAUCAUGACUAAAUCCUUCCCCGUGUGAGUGUGUGUGUGUGUGUGUGUGUGUGUGUGUGUGUGUGUGUGCGUCAAACAUGUACAAUACACGUCAAUCGUUUUACUUCCACGCAAGCGUUUUUUUCCCAUAUCCCAAUGUUCCUAUCUAACUGUAGAUUGUAGUGGACGAGAGAAGAAAAAGAACAAAAAAAAAACUUCGUUAAUUUAGCUAGCGUUCGUGCUGUGUUUUUCCCGCCUCUCCUUUUCUCUCCUUUUCUUUCUUCUCGUUUUUUGGAUACGCCGUGCAUCUCCGAGUUAGCAUUUUACCGAGUGGAGAACGUUUGUAGAUUUAGUCACCAACACCAAAAGUUUUGACGUGAAACGUGGAAGGACAAAAAAAAAAAAAAAAAAAAGAAUGCUAUAUCUAUGAAUAUACAGUAUAUAUAUAUAUCUAUAUAAAUAAAUACAGAAGACGCUGAUAGUUUUGACUUUUUUACGUUUUGUUCCGUAACGUAGCUUUAGAGAUACUUUCGUUCAUAGACCUUAAGUUGCGCGUCAAAGUCGCGCAACUCUAAAGAAACCCUUGAUGCCGUCUCGCCACAGCGCUCCUGGCGACCUUUGAACCUUUGGAGUCUGAGGCAUUAUGAACCUGAACUACACCAGCUGAAAUCGAGGACAGUGCCUUUACCUUUUUUUCUAUCGAGUCAUCCCGAAUGACCACGCGUCACUAAACGACGAACGCGAGGUCGUAGGACCGCGCCCAAUCAACCGAUCCAUCAGUGCCACUGACCACACGUGUGUUCCAGGCUGAAGGAAACGAACGCAGACCUUUAAAUCAGAGAGUCGAUUUAAUCAAUCACCGAACACACGGAAUAAACCAAACUAAAAGCAGGCCGAGUCUGUCGCUGUCGCGAGUGUAAAGAAACGUGUAACCGCGCUUUAACACUGCGGUGUUUUCACUAGAAAAAACUAAUUGUACGAUUUCUACUCAAUUGUAUCGCUUUUAUUUUAAAGAAACGUGCACGUGAACUUAUAAAAUCCUUAGAAAUCUUUUCUUUUAGAAACCUGCGAGGAGUGUUUUUUUUUUUUUUACAGAUCUUAACUCCGCCCCCUCACCCGUAACUCGAACGCGACCGAUUUGACGGAUUAUGCAAAACAGUUACAGAAAAUUUUCCGUGUCAAAAAAAUUGCUGCGUUUUGUAUUUUUGUUUUAGUGUGUGUGUGAAAACAUACGUACUCCUUAAACCUUAAAUUAGAAAAGCAUACGAUUUUAUUUUGCGGUUUGACGAAAUCGUAGGCAAUCGGAGCUGAAAUGUUAAAACUCGCACAGAAACAAUACAAAAAAAAAAAAACAUUGCCUUAAACACACUGUUCUUGCAUAAGACCCGCCCCAUUUUUUUAUUUAUUUGUAUUUUUUUACAUUUUUUUUUUAUUAUCUGACUGCCUUGACAUCGGCUUGACCCCCCCUGGUUAAACAGAGAUACGCUCCCAUUGGCUCAGAGGAUGAUGAUUGACAGCUCUGGCACUGAACAGUAACACAGAGUGGGCUCUUCCUGCACCGGUUCCUGCCCUUCACGUCAGCCCCUUCAAACUCGCGCCGUGUACACACACAUGUAGUCCUUUUGUCCUCUGGCGGGUCGAGAACACGCGUCAAACCCACCCCCCACCCCCCUGCCCCCGCCUCAUACCCCUUCUACCCCACCCUGACAGGGACGAGUUGAUAAAACCUGCUGCGCCAUCAAAAACCAAGACGUUCUCGCUUUCCUCCACGUCUCGCUAAUCUCAUCAGUCCUUCCUCACCCACUUCCCAAGGAUUAAACCCGUUACUGUACAAACUAUUCCCCCGAUAGGAUUCGGGGGGGAAAAGCUUUCACGUACCGCCCAAGAGAAAAAGGCUAUUCUAUUCGAGUGUUUCUUUAUUAUUCUAUAUUACACAUUUGAGCAUAGCAAUAUUUAUAUUAAACAACAUCUGUAAAAAAGAUUUGGUUUAUGGUCACGUCGAGUAAGUGGACGUGUUUUUAGUGCUACGGUCAGAUCAUGCUGAGAUGCUAGCCAUCACCUUUCAUGCUAAUCUCACCGACAAAUCCGUCGCGCCCUCGAUCGUUUAGAAUGCGUUUGAAAUUGAGAUAUUUUUAUUACUAUGACGUCGAACGUUACACAAAGAGAAAUCGGAGAAUGUUCUUUUUACAAACUCGUAAUGAGAACGACAACGUCGUCACAGCUGUGUACAGACGCUAACUUCUCGCAAGGACUAGACGAAAAAUUGCCAAACGCUUCAGAGUAAUUUCAGUAUAUUGUGUGUCAGGGUGGAGUUUAAACAUCUCAACCUUAAACUGUGUAUGAGUUCUGUUUACUUUGCGUUCAUUGGGGUUUUUUUUAUUUAUUUUAAGAUUCAAAGCAGAAAAGAGUGAAAAACGUAUUGUAUUGUUUCUGAGCAAGACAACAAAGUGCAACGAUCAUCAUUCCAGACUACAAAAAGGGAAUCAGUGCCAUAAAAAGUGCACAAUGUUUCCAAUCUAACAUCCGAAUUCCCGACCUGGAGGUCAAAGGGAAUGUCAUUGGAGGUACAAAUGUCCACACUGGAGCCUGAUGAUAAAUGAUGAAUAUUAUGAUACACAAUAGAACAACUAGAGACCACAGACAAUCUUGUAGAACAUGAAAUGGGGCAAAACAAGACCUCGUAGUGUUCACAAGUGAGUGUCUGAAGAUUUUCAUCAAUGCAAAAGGACAUGUGAGAAGUAGAGACUCCCAUUUCCUGUCCUUUUCUUGUUGCUUUAGCGAUCCAGAUGAACUUCUGAAGGAUUAUAUACGCUGAUGAUUGAUCAGUUAUUUAACAUCUGGAUUGUUUAAGAGAAACACAAACUCAAAUAACUCAAAGUCACAAAAAUCAAAGAUAAAAAAACACGAAUGAACGCAACGUACACAGACCUUUUAAACUAAAACGGUAAAGAUGACGAGGAUUUGCAGAUUCCGCGUUCCCUCGCAAGAUUUUAUUUGGAUUGAUGUUUGUUUCUGUUGUCGGUUUUGUCACAUUAACACCACUGGACACUCGGAUAACAGCACAGGAUUGUUUUCAAACUGAUUUUAUCAAUGGAACCAAAAUGCAACCCAAAAUACAUGACUUUCAUGAAGAUCUUCCCUGAUUUGUAUCCCAGAAUUCAGUGCGGGAAAAAACUUUGACAUUUGAGAUUUUAAAUAAUUAUUAAUGGUAACAAAAUAACUCAACAGGCUGCCAAUGUCCCACCGUCGCUCGCCAACACGACAAAAUCAGCAGAUCAACUCGGUAAAAGAAAAAAACCCACCUUAUCGUGGCCUUCUGUGUACAAUCUGAAGUUCCAUCUUUAAUUGUUUCCUAAUAGACCUUUCCCUCCUUUUCCUGUGGGAUUGAUACGAAUUUUUUUUACUGAUUUUUUAAAAAAAAUUAAUAAGGUGAAAAAAAAAAAUGGAAAUUAAAAAAAAGAUUCAGUGCUGGGAAAUGGGGUAAAAAUGUGAAAAACGUGACGAUCGGUUUUAAAAAAAAACACAAUGUUGAAACAUAUCUGUAGCAUCCACCAAAGCUAGAGAUACUCAUACAAAAACCCCAGACAGACAAAUUCACAUACCAUCAGAAUACGGAGGAAUAUAAAAACGAUGAAUCGCUUCUUUAAGAAAUGUGUCCGUUUUUUAUUGAAUUUUCUAUAGUAGUUAAACGAACAAAUCUCUGUGUGUGUUUUUUUUCCCUCUGCGUGUGCUGUGUGUCGUUUUAAUAUUCGAAUGUAUUUACUGCGGUACAGAAUUUGCCAAAGAUACCAUACCACUUCUUUUAUUUGUCCUUGUUUUAUAUAUAUAUUAUACGGUUUUCGAGUCAGCCCAUGGUUCCUGAAAUAAUUAUUACUGAUACUACUGUUUUUCUUCUUUUCAUUUCUCACUUUCUAAUGUUAUAAUGAUUCUUAUGAUUUGAAGAUUCAGGGUUUAUUUUGUGUUCGAAGUGUCCAUUCGAAUGAUCUGGCAUUCGUCCUGAAGCCCCUUGAAAUCAGUCCCGGGGUAAAUAAGGCUACUAAGUGUACUGUACAUGCAGACGAGUGAGUGUUUGUGCAUUAUUGAUUUUAUGUACCUGUAAUGUGAAAUGAAGAAGUAAUUAUUUGUAAAUAUUUGACAUAAUUUUAUUGGUUCAUCGAAAUAAAGGUAAUUUUUUUAAGUUCAGGCA